AUGGAUGACCAGGAAGCCAUUGCUCAGUUCUGUGCUAUUACAGAUGCGAAGCCAGCAACAGCGGAGCAAUACCUUCGUGUAAGCGACGGCAAUAUCGAAAGCGCCGUGAUGCUCUUCUUCGAGUCUGGAGGUGCAGACCUGAACACAGAACCCUCCUCACACACCGGCACUGGUGGUCGUGAAUCUCCUGUCCAAAUCCCUGACGAGGAUGACUUAGAGGACGACGAAGCGAUGGCGAGGCGGCUGGCGGCGGAGUAUGGCAAUCAAGAAGUGCGGGCACCGAUUGCACCGACUACGCAGACACUCGUAGAGCCGGAGUAUGAAGGGAUGAUGCCAGGGAUGGGUUAUGGAGCGGAAAUGUUCCCAAGCCUAAGGGGAAGGUCGUCAAGGCCAGGAAUCUUCAAUCAACAAAGGUCUGUCUGGGAUGCUGAAGGCAACGAGGAGGAUGAUACUACGGGUGGCGCCGCGGAAGCCAGCAGUAAAGCCUCUCGGUUGGCGAAGAUGUUCCGUCCACCAUUCGACAUCAUGACCAAUUUGGAUCUUGACUCGGCUCGAGAUCAAGGGAAGGAAGAGCUGAAAUGGUUGAUGGUCAACAUCCAAGACCUCACGGAUUUCAAUUGUCAAUGCCUCAACCGCGACCUUUGGUCGAACAAUGCCGUGAAAGAGAUGAUCAGAGAAAACUUCCUCUUCAUGCAAUACAACAAGGAUGGUCAAGACGGACAACGCUUUGUCACCAUCUAUUCAACCAGAAAGUACCCGCAUAUCGCCAUUUUGGAUCCGAGAACUGGUGAACAGGUCAAGGUUUGGAGCGAGAUGAUGACAGCGACAGAUUUCUUGAUGCAAGUGCAUGAGUUCCUGGACCGCUUUUCUCUCGACAUCAAGGCCAAGAAUCCAAUUGCUAAGAAGGCUAAGACUAAGAGGGACCCCUCUCUCGUGACUGAGGAAGAGCAAAUGAAUGCUGCGUUGUCAGCUUCUAUGAAGCACCCUACCGAGGCCAUGACUCCAGAUGUUGAAUACACUGAUCCGAUGGAGAUGGAAGCUGCGGAGGCUCCAGCAGCGGAAACCGCAGCAGAGCCCGCCUCACCGUUCGACGUCAUCAAGCCUGUAUCUCGGCCAGAGCCCACAGAUCCCAAAACAACCACUCGAAUUCAGCUUCGUCUUCCAGACGGGAGAAAGAUCAGGAGGUUCAACUUGGAUGACCCCGUUCAGGCUGUGUAUGAGUACAUUAAAGCCGAGGUUGACGGGGCAGACUCGAGAACGUUCGAUUUGACGUUCAAUAGGAUGAAGUUGAUUGAGCACCUGGAUGAGACUAUCGAAGCGGCGGGGCUGAAGAAUGCCACGGUUAUCAUGGAGUUUACGCAGUGA